AUGGCGGUGGCGGUGGCGGUGGCCGUAGCGGCGGCGAGCGGCGCGACGAAGGGAUCCCUUGCCGUGCUCCUUACCGUGCUCGUUCUGGGAGUCUUCUCGGGGACGGCGGGGGCGAAGGACACGAACAACUUGUACCAGCCCUGCGGGGACACGACAGUCCGAAGGCUCGACGGGUUCACCUUGGGGAUCGCCUCCGCCCCUCAAACGGAAUUCGUAUUCAAUAGGACGAUGCUCUCCCCCUGCGAUCGCAGGCUGGCUCUGUCAAGCGUGGGCGCCAAGCUGGCAGUGUUCCGCCCCAAGGUCGACGAGAUCUCCCUCCUCACCAUCAGCAACAACAAUGGGAUUGAUACUGUCGUCCCCAGCGUAAGAUACUUCUCUCCCUCUCUUUCUCUCUCUCAUUUCUCUAUUUAUUCUCAACUUCACGGAUACUGCGUGGAUUUCUUCGUUUGCCUCAUCAGUGUACCUAGGUUUCACCGGGAAAAUGAAUCCGAUGUGCGUCGUUCUGGUUCAGUUUUUUAACCUUUCUUACAUAAUAGAAAUUGAAAACGUUAUCAUUUUUUUCUCUCGUUGAAUAAUCCUUUCAACGAAAAUUUUGCUCCUAGAUCCUUCUCCAAGAGAGUCGCGAAGGUCUUCUGGUGUAAAAUCAGGGGCUGGACGAUAAUUCUUGUAUUUUUUUAACCUUGCUCAUAGAACAGAAAUUGACAACUUUAACAUUUGUUCUCUCGUUGGAUUCAUGUUUGUUAUUUCAUCACUCACCAUCAGUGUACAAUGACACCCUAAUUGAGUGGAGAACGUCUCUGAAGCUGGUUGUUAUUACCUUUUUGGAGAAAUUAUGCUGUGCAAUCCGAUGAACAAACAUCUCGCUUAGACCAUACCAGUACAUCUCACAUAUUUGGGUGGUAGCAGUAGAAGGGCUAAUAAUGCCCCUUUAUUUGGGUUGAACAGCUUCUCCAUUCAAUCAGUCGACAGAAACGUCUCUUUUUAGAAGGCUUUAUUAUGUAUCUUGUGUGAAGUCACAUUGCCGGCCAAAUAUGUGUUUUUGGGAAAAUGCUAGGAAUAUAUGAAGACACAUUGAUGAAUUAGAUCAAUAAAACAAGGAUGACUUGGGAGGCAUGAGGAAACAUGUUCAGUUGUUUGGGGGAGUGUAUUCUAAUGAAAAUAGAGAUGGAAGGAGCAUAUGGGUUUCUGUUAGGUAAGGUGCAUAGAAUGAGACGUUUCGCAAAACUUAUUUAUGAUAGUUUAAAUAAAAAAAAUGUUUUGGAGGAAAUGUAUUAUUUUGAAGAGGACUGAGGAGAGGUAUUGGGGUUCUAUGUGCAUGCCAAAGGGAUUUUCAGCAAUAAAAAAUAUGCCAGUGAAACGUUGUUCUCGGAUGUUAGACAAUGUGACCUUCGGAUUGUCUCAGUACCACUGUAAAGAUGUUUUUCUAUGCCAUAUUUGUUGUGGCUCACUGCAUACAGGGUGGAUCCUAGAAGACAGCUGGAAAGUUUUAUUAUCAUCUGGAAAGAAUUGGAGUGUAUGAAUUCUACUAAAUGCCUGUGUUGUCAUCUAGUUAACAUGUCUGGAAGAUUAUCAUGGAAAUUACUGUGAUCACCUGUUCUGGGAUGAUGUCGCUAAACUGCUUAUAUUUUUUUUUAGAUACUGAAGAGUGAAAUGGUUUCUUUGCGUCAUAUUUUUUUUUGCUUUUAUCAUUUGCACCAUCUGUUUAAAUGUAUACUUUGAUAUCUUCCUCCUGAACUAAUACAGUUUUGGCACUGGAGGACUUAGAUUCCCUCGUAUGUAUCUUACAUUCACUGUAUCCCAAGUACUAUUGUCAUUUUCGUCUACAUUAGGGACUGGUCAAACCCAUAUCUUUCUUCAUAGACUCAAGGUUUUUUUUUAUCUCAUUUUUUCUCCUCUUCAUACUCUCACAUUAGUGCUGAUUAUAUUUCUUAGCGGGUGCGAUUAUCAGUAAUUUUUCGCGUUGUUCUUACACAUUGCAUAUCCUAAUACCACUAGAAUUACUAUCUUUCUAACAAAUUAUGCUCUCUGUUGAUCUUUCCACAUAUUAAACUAAACAGAUUCUUUAGCGACCUCAUCUUGGCAACAUGCUUUUCUAGUGGCUCAACAAAUUUUCUAAUCAACAGGCUUGAUUUUUUUUCGUAAAAUAUUCAAUAAUAAGAAUGCAGCGAUUUUCAGGCUAUCUUUAGAAUUUUUUUUUUCAAAUAUUACCAGAUAGCAUCCUUGGAUAAUCUAUAUUGUGAUUUGCAUGAUUUUAUGUAUCAGAUGGAUAUCAUUCGUUGUCCUGUUUGAAUCGUUUUAUUGUUAACCAAGGUAGAACAAUUACCUCAUGGUUGAGUUUCCUGUUAUAAAACUAAGUUACUUCAUUGUCCCUAUUGUCCUCUGCAUCGGUCCAUUAUUGAUAUUUCCCCUACCUUAUCACAUAAACUCUUGAGUUUCCAAUUGAAGCUACAUUCAAUAUUUCACACAUUUUUGCAUAAUGACUUUAGCGUUCAUCUCUGCUACGAUUCUUGACCUAAAGAUUUGAUGGAAUAGCUUUGUCACCAACGCCAGAGCUACGUUUGUCAUUUUCUCCUAUUGAUUAAAGGUUUAGUUAAACCAUCAUUUUUGUUCGUGUUACAGUCAUUUUUUUUUCUUGUAUUUAAUGACAAUACAUGAACAACUCAAGGUCGUGGACGCUUCUAGGCUAGAAAUCCUAGAAGCCCUAUCAUCUGGCAACAUUUCCAGAUAUUCUUUUUAUCCUUCCUUAAUGUCUCUCCGUGCCACUUUCACUGAGAUCUAAGAAACCACAUAUGUUCUUCACCGGCCAUGAUGGCCCCUGAUUAUAUUGGACCUCCAUUUCAUUGCUGCAUUCAAUUGUUUUAAUAUUUUCUCACGAAAGCACCUUUGCUGUCAAUCAACAGAUGCUCUGAUUUAUUUACGAACAUCUGCUCCUUUUUUCCCUCAAUCCCUUCUUGAUCUUACACAGACUCGGGAAGAUCAGAAGUACUUGGACGAUUGACACAUUUUCUACCUUCCAUUAUUCUAACAGGACAAAACGGGACAAUAAUUUACUCUUUUGUGCCUUUCUUUAUCCUACGUUUGACCUAUGGGUGUUCUAAUUUGGAAGUAUGAACUUCAAGCGAUAUAUAAUUCUCAUCUAAUUUUCAUCUUUAGAGAAGCACUCUUCUUGGAGAUCAUUCUAUAAUAAAUUUGCGAACUUUUUCACCUCGAGUUCCUUUUCAUGCUUCACAUUCCGUUCAAAUAUCUGAGCUCAAGUUCAUCUCCGGAGAUUUUGGCUCCUGCUGUCACCAGGCUGUCACCUCUCGAUCCUCUGAUAAUCAAUCCUGGACUCAUGAACUAGUUUUGUAAUUUUGAUUGUUCUUGGUUGUCUUUGUCACUUGAGUUGCAGAUCCAUCACCUUUUGUAGCAGAUCGCAUGCUUCAGGAAAAUAACUGUUCUUGACUUUUAUUGACAAGAUUUCCAUUCUGAUACUUCACAUGGUGAUGAAUUCUGAAGGAUUUACUCCGUUUGACGAUUUUUUUUUCCAUUAGUCAGCCUCCUGAACACAUCGAACUCCAUUAUCAUUGUGAAUGGCGCAUCACUUUAUCUGUCCUUAUUAUUCGACACCUCAUGUUCUCUACUAAACGGGAUUGAUUCACUGUGGAUCAUAAUUCUAAAUCAAAACUGGAUAAGAUUUUUUUUUUUUCUGUAAGGUUCCUCCUUCAAACUGUUGAUCCUGGGGAGGCCGUUGGUGUGAUUUCAGGUCAGUAGUGGCUGGUACAUGGUUGCCUUUGCUGGUCGGAAGUACGCUGCGAGAUCCCCCACUGAGUUUAUUGGAAACGUGUCUUUCGUCAUAACCAGCUUCACCUUGGUGAGUUCUUGACCUCUGACUUUUCAAUUUAUCUAUGAACUUGUGCAAUUGGGCUUCCGGGUCCGGAUCAUACUCGUUGAAUGGUUGAAAACUAGACUAGCUUAAUCGGGUUUCAGGGCUUGGAUUACAAUCAUCAAAUGCCUGACCACUAGAUUAGCUCAAGUUGGGUCUCUGGAUUUUUGAUAAUAAUUGUCCAAUGGCUGAAAACUAGAUCGUUACUGGAUUCUGGGCUCGGAUAAUGAUCGUAAAAUGGCUGAUAACUAGAUCAUUGAAGGGUCCGGGCUCGGAUAGUAAUGGUCGAAUGGCUGAAAACUAGAUCGUUACAGACUUCUGGGCUCGGAUAAUAGUAGUCGAAUGGCUGAAGACUAGAUCAUUACAGGGUUCUGGGCUCGGAUUAUAGUUGCCAAAUGCCUGAAAAAUGGAUCAUUACAGUGUUCUGGGCUUGGAUUAUAAUGUUCAAAAGGCUGAAACCUAGCUCCUUACAGGGUUCUGGACUCGGAUAAUAAUCGUCCAAUGGCUGAAAACUAGGUCACUACAGGGUUCUGGGCUCGGAUAAUAAUUGCCAAAUGCCUGAAAUCUAGAUCAUUACAGGGUUCUGGGCUUGGAUUCUAAUCAUCGAAUGGUUGAAAACUAGAUCAUUACAGGGUUCUGGGCUUGGAUUCUAAUCAUCGAAUGGUUGAAAACUAGAUCAUUACAGGGUUCUGGGCUUGGAUAGUAAUCGUCAAAUGGCUGAAAACUAGAUCAUUGCAGGGUUCUGGGCUUGGAUAAUAAUAGUAAAAUGACUGAAAACUGAGACUGGAUUGGGCUGCUGAGCGCCAAGAAUGCAAUUUUUUCUGAUGGAUGAAGACUCGGAUGAAUCAGGCUUCUGGGGUUUUUCCGAUUAUGAAGACUGGGAUCUGAUCGUAUCGGAUAGGGCCCUUGGAUGCUGCUCCAAUUUGAAUCGUCUCUGUAUGAUCCAGGUGCUGGAGUUCGAGAAGGGCAGGCUGCAGAACUUGUUCUGGAAGAGGGAUGGGUGCUCCAGGUGCUCCAGCAGGUCCUCCCAGAGCCGCGUCGUCUGCCUCGGCAGCUUAGGCUGUGGCAUCCGUAGGUCCCGCUGCAAGAGUAACAUUACCAGUUCUGAGCGCGACACGGACUGCACCAUCAGCAUCCAGUUGGCCUUCUCCGGCACCGACAAGCACUACACCGCCCUCAAUUCCUGGUACGAGGUCUCCAAGCUCCGGCAGUACUCCCUCUACGCCCUCUACUCCAACCUUAAGGACUCCGUGUCCAGCCAGCUUGGCCAGUUCUUCCCCUGA